CCGAGCGUCUUUGCCCUAUUCGCCUUGCCGCACUCUAAACCCCCGCUCCGCCUCCUCCGCCGCUGCUCCCCUGCGUCUCCUCGGCAGGCCGCCUCGAUCGUCCCCUUUCUUUCCCUUCCGUUUCCCUCAGGUCGGAUUCGGAGAGUGGGUCGUAGAUAAUAUGUUCGCGACGGCGGUUCGAUGGAUGGCAAAGAAGCCAAAGCCGAAGAUGAAGCCCAUCGAGCCCCGGACGCCGCCGGAGCAGACCCAGACCAUCACCCGCGCUAUAUUCGAUGUCGUCAAGGAGCACGGGCCCCUUACUAUCGCCGACACUUGGGACCACCUAAAGGGAGUUGGUUUGAGAGGUUUGAAUAGUAAAAGGCAAAUGAAGAUCCUAUUAAGGUGGAUGAGGGAGAGGCAAAAACUGCGGCUAAUCUGUAACCAUGACGGACCACACAAGCAAUUUCUUUAUACCACUUGGUUCACUAAUCCCAGAACCAUGCCACCAAGGCCAAGAAUGGGAUCUUCUGAGCCAUGAGGUUAGGGAAAUUUAAUUCAUAUGUACUGUUCAUUUCCCCAAUGACUAAUUUUACGAUUGCUAGGAUUUAUCAACUGUUCAGCUCCCUUCAAUCAAGACAUUUUGGGCAGUUGAUUUCUGUACAAAACUCCCAGAUUUCUCAACUUGCUUAGAACUGUGCCCUGUGCUGGAAUUGAUAUUAACUGUGCUAUUGGAUGCGUGAUAAGAUGAUAACUUCUUGUCUAACUGUUAAGCACGAUUGUUGCCUUUACCCAAACAAAUAAACAGACCAACAAGGCAUCUCUGAUCAGCUGAAGGUGAGUUACAUAUAACAAGGCAUAGUCAGAACUGCAUUGGAGACUCCUGAGGUCAAGCUUAUCUCACAUAUGUUGAGAUAUUCUAUCAAUCACUGGCCUAUGGUGGGUGCCUGUGAGAUCAACCUGCCUGACUAGUGGUCUUUCUUAUGUGCUUAUUUUGCAUAAAAGUUGAAUGAUGUAGUUUGCUGCGGGUACAUAAUUCCUAAAAAAUUGGCUAGCUGAUUUCCUAGUGUAGCCUUUAUGUCA